AUGGCGCACCCAGACCCCAACGCCUCCAACGCCGCCAAGCCGGUUGACCCGAUCGAUCGGGUCCAAGACAAGGACGGUAUUUCGACAACGUCCGGCAUCGCCGCUGCCGCCGACAGCAAACCGGAGCCCCCACAGCAGCUUGAAGAGGCCGGAUGGUUCCGGUGGCACGAACCCGGCACAUCGCCGGAAGAGAAGAAAUUGAUCUUUAAACUGGACUGGUUUUUGCUUUCUUACGGCUGCCUGAUGUACUUCAUCAAACAGCUCGAUCAAAACAACAUCUCCAAUGCUUACGUUUCGGGCAUGUCGGAAGAGCUCAACUUCGGUCCUGGCAACGAACUCUCUUGGAUGAAUACUUACUUCAAUAUCGGCACCAUCAUCGGCGGCUCUUUCGCCAACCUGAUCAUCACGGUUGUCCGCCCGCGCUACUGGCUGACCGGCUGCCUUUUCGUUUGGUCUCUGUUUGUAUUGUUUCUCUACAAGUGCCAGAGCGCGCCCCAGUUCUACGUCCUGCGCUUUUUUAUUGGCCUGUUCGAAUCAGCCGCUUGGCCAGGCGUCAUGUACGUUCUCGGCUCCUGGUACCGCAAGAGCGAGCUGUCUCGUCGUUCCGGCCUAUUCGUCAUGAGUGGCGUCCUGGGACAGAUGUUCUCCGGCUAUCUCCAAUCUGCACUUUACACCGGCAUGGGUGGCAAAGGUGGCUUGUCGGCCUGGAGGUGGCUGUUCAUCUUCGAUUUCAUCCUGGCCGUUCCCGUUGUGAUUUAUGGAGUUAUUUGCUUUCCCGAUACUCCUCAUACCACAACAGCCUUUUAUCUCAGUGACUGGGAGAGGCAGCGCGCGCGGGAGCGUAUUGAAGAAGAAGGCCGCAAGCCCGUCGGGAAGAUGAACUGGUCCGUCGUAGCCCGCGUCUUCGGCUCCUGGCAAGUCUAUGCUUUCACCGCCGCCUACUCCUUCUGGACUUUGACGUGCGGCUCAUACAUUAUACAAUACUUUACACUAUACCUCAAGUCAACAAAGUUGUACACGGUACCCCAGAUCAACAACAUCCCGACCUGCGUCGGCGCUAUCAACUUCGUGUUUAUGGUCUCGACAGGCUACGUCUCCGACAAGAUUGGCCGUCGCGGACCCGUCUGUUUCGCGGUUGGCUGCUUGCUGACAUUUGUCUACGCCGUCUUGGCUGCAUGGAGCGUGCCGCAUACGUUGCGUAUGGCUGUCUUCAUCCUUGCUGGUUGCUACGGCUGCUACACACCUUUGCUGGCCGGCUGGGCAAACGAGGCGUGUGGAGGUGACCAGCAGAAGCGUGCCUUUGUUCUUGGCUUCAUGGUAUCUAUCGGCCAGGCUGUCGUAAUUCCCUUCCAGCAGUUGCAGAUGCCGAGUGGGCAGGCGCCGACUUUCGCCGAGACCCAUGGCUGGGACAGUGCGCUGGCUUUUGUCAUUGCAUUGACCGUUUGGACAGGUGUCGGGCUACCAUUCCUUCAGAAGUGGCGUGAGUCGAAGGUCAAGGUCAGCACUCGAGAAAUUGAUAGUGAUGAGGCAUGA